GUUUGGAUGAAUGUGUGUGUAUUGACUCAAAUGUUGAGUACAUUUAAAAAUUUGAAUGAAAGGCCAUAUCAGACACUGACAGCCAAUGAGAGCCAAUGUUGCCAUUAAUGCAACAAAAGAGUCAAUCGUUUGCCAAAUAAAAAAAUCGUUGGAAUCGGCGGUCAAUUGAGUGAUUGGAGUCAAGUCUCCAAUCAUUGCAUUGAGAUUCCAGUCAUUGAGUUAUUCAUUCAUUCAUUCAUUCAUUCAUUGACUCUAAAUGUUAAUCAAUUGAUAGAAACGUUGAACUCAUUGACCAUUGAUUUUAGUGGACAUUGCCGUCGGUGUAAACAAGGAUUAGUCGUAUUGUAAAAGAUUUAAACGACUAAUUAAUAAGACUUUAGUCUAACCAUUAAUUUUCAGUCAAAAUUAAUAACAAUUGAUUACAAUUGUAAUCGUCGUUAUCUUUUUUAUUGCACCGAUUGUCUCAUCACAACUCAAGCGAUGUCAUCGCAAACAUCAUCUAAUGUUGAAAACCUAUCACCACAAGUGAUCCGUCAGGUGUCCAAAGAGUUGACUCAUUUAACACAAAAGCCGUUGGAAGGGAUUCGUGUGAUACUAAAUGAAGAAGACAUUUCCGAUAUUCAGGCCAUUAUUGACGGACCCGCCUGUACGCCAUACUUUGGCGGCUCAUUUCGUUUGAAAAUGGUUUUACCGAAAGACUUCCCGAUGUCACCGCCAAAAGGUUUUUUUCUGACAAAAAUAUUUCAUCCAAAUGUGUCGAGAAAUGGAGAGAUAUGUGUGAAUACACUUAAAAAAGAUUGGAAAUCAGAUUUAGGAAUUAAACACAUUCUUCUGACCAUUAAGUGUCUUCUAAUUGUUCCGAAUCCCGAAUCUGCACUCAAUUCAGAGGCCGGCAAAAUGCUAUUAGAGCAUUACGACGAUUACUGUAUGAGAGCUAAGAUGAUGACCGAAAUACAUGCCUCAAAGCAGCCAAAAACCGCUGAUUAUGACAGCGAUCACCCGAAUCCGUGUUGUAGUAAAUCAGAUUCCGUUCGACGAUUGGGCGAAAAUGGUGCCGAAGAGAGUUCGGCCGAACCUAUACUCAAACGACACGCCAAUGAUAAAAGUGUGACCAAACCUAUUGGGUCGUCGACAACAUUAACACAGAAACAAAAAACUAAUUUAAAAGAUAAGAAACGGACACUAAAGAGAUUGUAAAAUAAGUUUCUUUUAAUUAAUUAUUUAAUAACUAAAUUUUAGUAAUAAUUAUAUG